AGCACUAUUAGAGCAGUUACUGAAAGCUGAAGAUGCUCCUCUAUCCGAGUACUGACGCUAGAGAUGUCGUCAUCGCGUUUUGGUUUGUGACAGCCGCCCGCGUAAAUUUGAAAUGGCUGAUGAUUUGCCAGCUGGUGGAGUUCUGGAAUCUAUAGCUAUGGUUCCACCGAGACCUGACUUGGCGGCGGCGAAGGAACCGGCGCCCUGGAAGGAAGGUUUAUUCCAGGAUGCAGAUCCAUGCAGUGAUCAAGGCUAUCAUGCUAAUCCAGGUGCUACUGUAGAAACUCUCAUGCCAGAAAGGAAAAUUCCUUUUCCACAAAUUAUCCAAACAAAUGAACUUCUGUUUUAUGAACGAUUCAGAGCCUAUCAAGAUUACAUUUUAGCUGACUGUAAGGCCUCUGAGGUAAAGGAAUUCACAGUCAGCUUCUUGGAAAAGGUCCUUGAACCAUUUGGAUGGUGGGCAGUCUGGCACACUAAUGUGUUUAAGGUGUUGGUUGAGGUUACAAAUGUGGACUUUUCAUCAUUGAAGGCAGUAGUAAGGCUUGCAGAGCCAUGUAUCUAUGAAUCUAAAUUGAGCACUUUUACCUUGGCCAAUGUGAAGGAGCUUUUGGACCUGAAGGAGUUUCAUCUGCCUCUGCAGGAGUUGUGGGUGGUAUCAGAUGACUCACGUGAAUUUCACCAGAUGGCACUUGCAAUUGAGCAUGUCAGAUUUUUCUACAAAAACAUCUGGAGGAGUUGGGAUGAAGAAGAGGAGGAUGAGUAUGAUUAUUUUGUCAGAUGUGUUGAACCUCGAUUAAGAUUGUAUUAUGAUAUACUUGAAGAUCGAGUUCCCUCAGGACUUAUUGUUGACUACCACAAUAUGUUGUCUCAAUGUGAAGAAAGUUAUAGAAAAUUUUUAAAUCUGAGAAGCAGUUUGUCAAAUUGUAAUUCUGAUUCUGAGCAGGAAAAUAUCUCCAUGGUGGAAGGGUUAAAUUUGUAUUCAGAAAUUGAACAGUUGAAACAAAAGCUAAAGCUUAUUGAGAAUCCUUUGUUGAGAUAUGUUUUUGGUUAUCAGAAGAACUCUAAUAUCCAAGGAAAGGGUACUCGUCAAAAUGGCCAGAAGGUCAUCCAUGUGGUUUCCUCCACAAUGAAGACAGGUCUACUUCGAUCUCUACUCAGGGACAGGUUUUGGGAGGAGUCUUGCAAAGAAGAAACGGAAAUUAAGUUCCAUAGUGAUCUGUUGUCUGGUAUAAAUGCCUGCUAUGAUGGUGACACUGUCAUUAUUUGUCCUGGCCAUUAUGUAGUUCAUGGCACCUGCUCCAUAGCUGACUCCAUUGAGUUGGAAGGAUAUGGUCUACCAGAUGAUAUUGUCAUAGAAAAGAGGGGCAAAGGAGAUACUUUUAUGGAUUGCACGGGUAUGGAUGUUAAAAUUUCAGGCAUAAAAUUUAUUCAGCAUGAUUCAGUAGAAGGAAUCUUAAUCAUUCACCAUGGCAAGACCACACUGGAAAACUGUGUAUUACAAUGUGAAACCACAGGAAUCACAGUGCGCACAUCAGCAGAACUUUUCAUGAAAAACUCAGAUGUAUAUGGUGCCAAGGACUUCCUUGAUGAACAUUAUGAUAUUCCCAAAAUAUCUAUGAUAAAUAACGUCAUACAUAAUAAUGAAGGUUAUGGUGUUGUUUUGGUGAAGCCUACAAUUUUCUGUGAUCUACAGGAAAAUGCAGAAGAUGAAAUUAAUGACAAUAUGGUUCAGAAAAAUAAAGAGGCAGAUGUCACUGAAGGAUUAGAUCUGGAAGAAAUGCUUCAGUGUGUGGCUAGCAAAGUGGAGCCUUAUGCCACAGCUGACUUUAAUGAACAAGCUAAGGGAAAUUGUGAAAUUAUAAAUGAACUACUUGCUAUUUCCAUGCAAAAAGGCCGGAUGAAGAAAAGACUGAGUGAACUUGGGAUCAUACAAGCUGAUGACAACAUAAUGUCACAGGAGAUGUUUAUUGAAAUUAUGGGGAACCAGUUUAAGUGGAACGGCAAAGGGAGUUUUGGCACAUUUCUUUACUAGCUACAAUGAUAUCAAUAGCUCACAAAAUACUGUAUUUUGAACAUGUCUUAAGCAUGCUGCUUAUAUACUUUGCUUCAUUUUCU